CCUGUCAAGUCUUUGGCAGCGGAAACACGCUGUGUAACCCUCAUACAAUACACCUUCCAUGGAUGUCCAACCAAUUCGGUAUAUUUCACCAUAUAUGCUGAGGUUAAUACUCACUUGUUUUUGGUAGACCGAACUGAUAUAUCAAGGGUCGUGGAGGUGUUCUUUGGAUUUGGACGAUUUUAACGAUGGGUUUCGGAAUAUAAUUAGCUAAAGUGUUUGUGUUAUUUGUGUUCCGUAGUCGGUGAUCUCAGUUUUUAUAAUGGCAGGAUCGUUUAAGAGUAUACACCUUCCAACAGUACUACUAGUACUAGUUGCCGCCUUACACAACGGCCAUUCAGCCACCCUCACAGACGUCCUUCUCUCGGACGAAUCAAACAAACCCCAAGAAAUCUCUUCCGAUGAAUUCAUCCCCCCUCUUCGACUAUCCAGAGACGUCAAGUACCCAAGGUACGCAGCCGACAAUACUGAUAAAGACCUGAAACCAGAAGACUCACCAGAUCGGGACCGGGAUAGCGGCAGCGCUCCUCCUGGAAAACGAUGCAUCAGUUGUUUCGCCAGCUACCCCCAGUACUCCAAUAAUCCUUCCUACGAUAGGAACAGGUACUACUACGACGACAGGAGUCGAGAUAGGGAUUAUGAUCGGUACGAUGAUCGGGAUCGGGAUCGGUACAACGAGAGAGAUAGGUACUACUAUAGAGACCCUUAUUAUGACAGAUACGACAGAUACAAUGACAGAGAUCGGUACUACAGCAGAGGUCGCGACCGGUACGGUGACCGAGAUCGGUACUACGAUCCCUACGACUACGACAGAUACGACCCUUACGAGAGGUACGACCGAUAUGGCGAUCGGCAGUACGAUAGGUACGACCGAGAUCGGUACGACACUAGGUACUCCGACCGGGGGAUAGGGUACGAUAACAAAGGCUACGAUUACAGGAUAAACGAUCCGUACAACAAGGGCAAUGACGAUUAUAAUAGAGGAUAUUCCGGGCGACCUGACUAUGGUACUAGUGGGUACGCUAGUAAAUGGAAUUAUGGAAGUAGCGGAGGUGGAAGGGAUGAUUAUUACUCCAGAGAUAGAUAUCCCAGUUAUAGACCCGUAAGCAAAGACACCUACAACAGAGACCCCUAUAAUGACACCUACAGACCGACCAGUUACCUCUACGGCAGACCGUCGUCAACAACCCCGAAACCAUCCUCGGGCGACUCAAAUACGCAGUCGCCCCAAGGCAGCUCAGGGUAGCUCAGUCGUAGUCAAUACGUAGUUAGAAAGAUAUUAUUAAGUUAAUAAAAUGUCCCCUACACUAAGUUCUUUUUUUAAUUUUUAUUUUUUACUACAUACUUAUUAAUUUUAGGUAGGAUAUUAAAUUAUUUUGAAAGUAUUUCGUCAAUACCGCUGUGUUUGUAAAAAUUAGACGUUUUUGAAAUACAAACGGUAUUUAUAAAUUAUUGAUUAAAUCAAGAAUUAAAUAAAGUAUAAAUUACCA